AUGCCCCACCUUCGCAUCCAGAUAACCGCCGACAACCCCCCCAAACACAACGUCUUCGAGCUCCACCCACAAAGCACCGAGACCCGCAACCCCACCCUCGAAGCCGCCCUCGAGAGCAGUGGCACAUGGCAGCAGUUCCAAGGCGUCGACGUCGUCCCCUACGCGCCCAUAUACAUCCCGCACCUCCUCGGCGGAAGGGGGAAGGCGUCACAGACAAAGCUUACAAUUGACACCCAUUUCGGCACGCGCUACAUAUACCAGUAUGAGGACUGUGUGGGCCUCUGGUACUGUAAACCCCUCGACGGCUGGGGCCCUGGCACCCCAGCCGAGUUCCUGAGGGAUGCGGACACGCCGUAUGCGAAUCAUAGUUUCUUUGCAGAGAAGAUGGUACCUGUGGCGCCAAGUACGCUUAUCUGCUUGAAUAAGCUUCUUAUUGCGACGCAGGCCGGUGAGUGCCGGGACGGGGACCACCAGGGGUUGUUUGCGGUGAACAUCAUCAUGGAGCUAGAGAUGGAGUUUUCGGAUGAGAAUGCGUUCUCGACAUAUGUUCCCCUGUGGGUAUGUACGGGUGGGAAGCUGAAGGAUGUGUUUCGCAUUGUGGCGGGGGACAAGUUGCGGGGUGAGUUUCGGCUGACGCAGGUGCCGAGGAUGAGUGGGUUUGUGGAGGAGACUUAUUCGUACCGUGUGGCGGGGGUGGAGAAUAAGGGGUUGGAGGAUCUGAUAUGGUUUCCGGAUAUGGGCGGUGAGAUGUGGUUGUUGCCGUUCCCGUGUGUUGUAGAGAAGUUUGGGGAGGGGCACCUGUACACGGGGGCUGGGUUGGGCGGGAAGCGAUUGGUUGUAUGUAAUUAG